UGUCGUCCUGCAGGAUCCUGCGCCUUUAAUCCCGGGCCCAACCUACCCAGCGCCGGGGUCCCACCCACCCCGAGCCCAGCCGUUAUAAUGAGCGGCUCUCAAGCGCGACUCCAUCAGGCCGCAGGAGCGGGAGGAGUUGGUGGCGGCGGAGGAGGAGGAGGCAGCGGCGGCAGCAACAGCAGCAGCAGCAUCCAGGGGGAGGUCGCUGCCGAGAUGCCGGCCACCGAGAAGGACCUGGCCGAGGACGCGCCCUGGAAGAAGAUCCAGCAGAACACCUUCACGCGCUGGUGCAACGAGCACCUGAAAUGCGUCAACAAGCGCAUCGCCAACUUGCAGACGGACUUGGGCGACGGGCUGCGCCUCAUCGCGCUGCUCGAGGUGCUGAGCCAGAAGAAGAUGGGGCGCAAGUACAACACGCGCCCCACUUUCCGGCAGAUGCAGCUGGAAAACGUUUCGGUGGCGCUGGAGUUUCUGGAAAGAGAGAGCAUCAAGCUGGUCUCCAUCGACAGCAAAGCUAUUGUGGAUGGGAACCUGAAGCUGAUCCUGGGCCUGAUCUGGACACUCAUCCUGCACUACUCUAUCUCCAUGCCCAUGUGGGAUGAGGAAGAUGAUGAAGAGGCCAAGAAACAAACCCCCAAGCAGCGACUGCUGGGCUGGAUCCAAAACAAACUGCCUCAGUUGCCCAUCACCAACUUCAGCAAGGACUGGCAGAGCGGCCGGGCGCUAGGCGCUCUUGUUGACAGCUGUGCCCCAGGUCUGUGCCCUGACUGGGAUUCAUGGGAUGCUAGCAAACCUGUCAACAAUGCCCGGGAGGCCAUGCAGCAAGCGGAUGACUGGCUGGGCAUCCCGCAGGUGAUCACUCCUGAAGAGAUUGUGGACCCCAAUGUUGAUGAGCACUCGGUCAUGACAUACCUCUCCCAGUUCCCCAAAGCUAAGCUAAAGCCAGGAGCCCCCCUUAGGCCCAAACUGAACCCCAAGAAAGCCAGAGCUUAUGGGCCAGGCAUUGAGCCCACAGGCAACAUGGUGAAGAAGAAGGCAGAGUUCACCGUUGAAACGAUCAGUGCUGGCCAGGGAGAAGUGCUAGUCUAUGUGGAGGACCCUGCUGGACAUCGGGAAGAAGCGAAGGUCAUUGCCAACAAUGACAAGAACCGGACGUUCUCGGUGUGGUAUGUGCCAAAGGUGACAGGAGUCCACAAGGUGACAGUACUGUUUGCUGGGCAGCACAUUGCCAAGAGCCCCUUUGAGGUGAAUGUGGACAAAUCGCACGGGGAUGCCAGCAAGGUCACUGCCCAGGGCCCUGGCCUGGAGCCUGUGGGCAACAUUGCCAACAAGACCACCUACUUCGAGAUCUUCACUGCUGGUGCUGGUGUUGGGGAAAUCGAGGUAAUCAUCCAAGAUCCGACUGGCAAGAAAGGGACAGUGGAGCAGCAGCUGGAGGACAAAGGCAAUAGCACCUACCGCUGCACCUACAAGCCCACCCUGGAGGGCACCUACACUAUCUACAUCACCUUUGGGGGGAUCCCCAUCCCCCGCAGUCCAUAUACGGUCACCAUUGGCCAGGCGUGCAACCCAAAUGCUUGCCGGGCCGUGGGUCGAGGCCUCCAGCCCAAAGGUGUCCGAGUGAAGGAGACAGCAGAUUUCAAGGUCUACACCAAAGGCGCUGGCAGCGGAGAGCUCAAAGUGACAAUAAAAGGCCCAAAAGGACUUGAGGAACGUGUCAAGCAGAAGGACCUGGGUGAUGGGGUGUAUGGUUUUGAGUACUACCCCACAGUUCCUGGCAACUACACAGUCACAAUCACUUGGGGUGGGCAGCACAUCCCCCGCAGCCCAUUUGAGGUAAAAGUGGGAACGGAAUGUACAAACCAGAAGGUGCGGGCCUGGGGGCCAGGCUUGGAAGGAGGCGUGGUCGGCAAAUCUGCUGAUUUCGUGGUGGAAGCCAUUGGUGAUGACGUUGGCACGCUAGGCUUCUCGGUGGAGGGUCCCUCACAGGCCAAGAUUGAGUGUGACGACAAGGGUGAUGGCUCCUGCAACGUGCGCUAUUGGCCCCAGGAGCCAGGCGAAUAUGCAGUCCACGUGCUCUGCAACAACGAAGACAUCAAGCUCAGCCCCUUCAUGGCGGAAAUCAAAGCUGCUCCCAAGGACUUCUACCCAGAGAAGGUCAAAGCCCAUGGUCCAGGCUUGGAGAAAACGGGUGUUGCGGUCAACAAGCCAGCUGAGUUCACAGUAGAUGCCAAGAGUGGUGGAAAGGCUCCUCUCAAGGUGCAAGUACAGGACUCUGAAGGAUCCCCUGUGGAUGUCUCUGUGAAGGACAAUGGCAAUGGCACCUACAGCUGCUCCUACCUGCCCAAGAAGCCCGUAAAGCACACAGCCAUGGUGUCAUGGGGCGGAGUCAACAUCCCCAACAGUCCCUACAGGGUCAACGUUGGAGCUGGCAGCCACCCCAACAAAGUGAAAGUGUAUGGUCCUGGUGUGGCCAAGACUGGCCUGAAGGCUCACGAGCCGACCUACUUCACAGUGGACUGUGCAGAAGCUGGGCAGGGUGACGUGAGCAUCGGCAUCAAGUGUGCACCAGGCGUUGUGGGCCCAGCAGAGGCAGACAUAGACUUUGACAUCAUUCGGAAUGACAACGACACCUUCACAGUCAAGUAUACACCCCGUGGUGCUGGCAGCUACACCAUUAUGGUGCUUUUUGCUGACCAGGCCACCCCCACCAGCCCCAUCAGAAUCAAAGUGGAUCCCUCGCAUGAUGCCAGCAAAGUCAAGGCCGAGGGACCUGGACUCAACAGGAGUGGUGUGGAGAUAGGCAAACCAACUUACUUCACAGUCAACACAAAGGCAGCUGGCAAGGCUAAGCUGGAUGUCCAGUUCACUGGCCCGGCCAAAGGAGAGGCUGUUAGAGACUCUGAAGUAAUUGACCACCAUGACAACACUUACACUGUCAAAUACACCCCUGUGCAGCAGGGUAAUAUUGGAGUGAAUGUUACAUAUGGAGGAGACCACAUCCCCAAAAGCCCUUUCAGUGUGGGAGUGGCACCCACCCUGGACCUCGGCAAGAUCAAGAUCUCUGGACUUGGCGACAAAGUGGAAGUGGGCAAGGACCAGGAGUUCACCGUCAAGUCCAAGGGGGCUGGGGGCCAAGGCAAGGUGGCUGCCAAGAUCACAGGCCCCUCCAGCAAGCCUGUGCCCUGCAAGGUGGAGCCAGGCCUCAGCUCUGACAACAGCGUGGUGAAGUUCAUCCCCCGGGAAGAGGGGCCUUAUGAAGUGGACGUGACCUAUGAUGGUGUGCCAGUCCCAGGCAGCCCCUUCCCUGUGGAGGCUGUACCCCCCACCAACCCAUCCAAGGUGAAGGCCUAUGGACCAGGCCUGAAAGGUGGCUUGGCUGGCGCUCCUGCCCCCUUUACCAUAGAUACCAAAGGGGCUGGCAACGGAGGCCUUGGCCUGACUGUGGAGGGCCCUUGUGAGGCCAAGAUUGAGUGCCUGGACAAUGGAGACGGCACCUGCUCCGUCUCUUACCUGCCCACGGAGCCUGGCGAAUACAACAUCAACAUCCUCUUUGCUGACACCCAUGUGCCGGGCUCUCCCUUCAAAGCCCAGGUGUUGCCUGGCUUUGAUCCGUCCAAAGUGAAGUGUUCUGGGCCAGGGCUGGAGCACGCCACGGUGGGGCAGGCGGGAGAGUUCAGCGUUGACUGCUCCAGCGCCGGCAGCGCAGAGCUCACCAUAGAGAUCAUUUCGGAAAGCGGCACACAGGCUGAGGUCCACGUGCGGGAUAACGGCGAUGGCACCUACACCAUCACUUACAUCCCUCUCUGCCCGGGUGUCUACACCAUCACAAUCAAAUACGGUGGGCAGCCUGUGCCAAACUUCCCCAGCAAGCUCAACGUAGAACCAGCUGUGGACACGUCUGGAGUUAAAGUCUACGGGCCCGGAGUGGAAGGCAAAGGUGUAUUCCGUGAAGCCACCACAGAGUUCAGCGUAGAUGCACGAGCCCUGACUAAGGCUGGAGGCCCUCAUGUCAAGACCAGAGUGUCCAAUCCCUCAGGAAACCUAACUGAGAGCUACGUGCGUGAUAACGGGGAUGGGACCUACCAUGUGGAGUACACUCCAUAUGAAGAUGGUGUCCACUCUAUCGAUGUGACUUACAAUGGCAGCCCUGUGCCAAGCAGCCCCUUCCGGGUGCCAGUAACAGAAGGAUGUGACCCCACAAGGGUUCGAGUGCAUGGUCCUGGCAUCCAAAGUGGGACCACCAACAAGCCCAACAAAUUCACGGUGGAGACCAGGGGUGCUGGUUCUGGUGGACUGGGCCUAGCUGUUGAAGGUCCCUCUGAAGCAAAGAUGUCAUGCACUGACAACAAAGAUGGCAGCUGUUCUGUGGAAUACAUUCCCUAUGAACCUGGCACCUACAACCUCAACGUCACUUACGGUGGCCACCAAGUGCCAGGGAGCCCCUUCAAAGUGCCUGUGCAUGAUGUGAUAGAUUCAUCUAAAGUUAAAUGUUCAGGCCCUGGCCUGACCCCAGGUGUUGUCAGAGCCAAUGUCCCCCAGUCCUUCACAGUUGACACCAGCAAGGCAGGUGUGGCACCUCUCCAGGUCAAAGUUCAGGGCCCUAAAGGAGUGGUGGAGCCUGUAGAUGUGGUGGACAAUGCUGACGGGACUCAGACCGCAAGCUACGUGCCAAGCCGGGAAGGCCCAUACAGCAUUGCUGUGCACUAUGGAGAUGAGGAGGUGCCCCGCAGUCCAUUCAAGGUUAAGGUUCUUCCCACACACGAUGCCAGCAAGGUAAAGGCUAGUGGCCCAGGGCUGAACACAACAGGUGUGCCAGCCAGCCUGCCUGUGGAGUUCACAAUUGAUGCCAAGGAUGCUGGAGAGGGCUUGCUGGCCGUCCAGAUCACCGAUCCUGAGGGCAAGCCCAAGAAAGCCACCAUCCGUGACAACCAAGAUGGCACCUACACUGUGUCCUAUGUCCCAGACAUGACCGGCCGGUACACCAUCCUCAUCAAGUACGGUGGGGAUGAGAUCCCCUACUCGCCGUACCGCAUCCGGGCCCUGCCCACUGGCGAUGCCAGCAAGUGUACCGUCACAGUGUCGAUUGGAGGUCAUGGGCUAGGAGCCGGCAUUGGGCCCACCAUCCAAAUUGGUGAGGAGACGGUGAUCACGGUGGAUGCCAAGGCUGCUGGGAAGGGCAAGGUGACUUGCACAGUAUGCACUCCUGAUGGCACAGAGGUGGACGUGGAUGUGGUGGAAAAUGAAGACGGCACCUUUGACAUCUUCUACACGGCGCCCCAGCCAGGCAAAUAUGUCAUCUGUGUGCGCUUUGGAGGAGAGCACAUUCCCAACAGUCCUUUCCAGGUUACGGCCCUGGAUGGCGAGCGCACGACCCCCCAGCAGAUGGCCCAGCCGAUGCGGGCCCCACCCUACGCAUAUCCACCUGGUGUACAGCAGCCCUGGGGACCGGCAGUAACAGCAACAGACCGUCCUGUCAAUGGACUGGAUGCCGGACUGCGGCCUUUUGACUUGGUCAUCCCUUUUACCAUCAAGAAAGGAGAGAUCACAGGUGAGGUGCGCAUGCCGUCUGGCAAGGUGGCAAAGCCAGACAUCACAGACAACAAGGAUGGCACAGUGACAGUGCGCUACGCCCCCACAGAAGCUGGCUUGCAUGAGAUGGACAUCCGUUACGACAACAUGCACAUCCCAGGUAGCCCGCUGCAGUUCUACGUGGACUAUGUCAACAGUGGCCACGUGACUGCUUACGGACCGGGACUCAUCCAUGGGGUAGUCAACAAGCCAGCAGUCUUCACCGUCAACACAAAAGAUGCAGGAGAAGGCGGCCUCUCUCUAGCCAUUGAAGGCCCCUCCAAGGCUGAGAUUGGCUGCACUGAUAACCAGGAUGGCACUUGCACAGUGUCGUAUCUUCCCGUUCUGCCUGGCGACUACAACAUAUUGGUGAAAUACAAUGACAAGCACAUCCCAGGAAGUCCCUUCACUGCCAAGAUUACUGGAGAUGACACGAUGCGCAUGUCCCAUCUCAAAGUGGGCUCCUCUGCCGACAUCCCCUUGAACAUCACCGAGACAGACCUGAGCCAGCUGACGGCCACCGUGAUCCCACCUUCUGGUCGUGAGGAGCCUUGUCUGCUCAAACACCUACGCAAUGGGCAUGUUGGAAUUUCUUUUGUCCCCAAAGAGAUUGGAGAGCACAUUGUGAACAUCAAGAAGAAUGGGCUGCACAUCCCCAACAGCCCCAUCACAGUGAUGAUCAGCCAGUCUGAAAUUGGCGAUGCCAGCCGCGUCAGGGUCUCUGGCCCAGGGCUCAGCGAGGGACGGACAUUUGAACCUUCAGAGUUCAUUAUUGACACAAGAGAUGCUGGUUAUGGUGGGCUGAGCUUGUCCAUUGAAGGCCCCAGUAAGGUCGACAUCAAUACUGAGGACCUAGAUGAUGGUACUUGCAAAGUCACGUAUUGUCCAACAGAGCCUGGCAACUACAUAAUCAACAUCAAGUUUGCAGACCAGCAUGUGCCAGGGAGUCCAUUUUCUGUGAAGGUGACAGGAGAAGGACGAAUGAAGCAGAUGAUCACACGCCGCCGCAAAGCCCCCUCUGUUGCCAAUAUUGGCAGCCAGUGCGACCUCAGUUUGAAAAUCCCAGAAAUCAACAUCAGGGACAUGACAGCUCAGGUCACCAGCCCUUCAGGCAAGUCCCACGAUGCAGAGAUCUUGGAGGCAGAAAACAACACUUACUGCAUCCGCUUUGUGCCCACUGAGACGGGCAUCCACUCAGUCAGCGUCAAGUACAAAGGGCAGCAUGUGCCCGGAAGCCCCUUCCAGUUCACCGUGGGCCCUCUUGGCGAGGGUGGCGCACACAAGGUCCGGGCAGGUGGCCCUGGACUGGAGAGAGCUGAAGCUGGCGUGCCAGCUGAGUUUAGCAUCUGGACACGGGAGGCUGGUGCUGGUGGCCUCUCCAUUGCUGUGGAGGGCCCCAGUAAGGCAGAGAUUGCUUUUGAAGACCGGAAAGAUGGUUCAUGUGGUGUUUCCUACAUUGUGCAAGAACCUGGAGACUACGAGGUUUCUGUGAAGUUCAACGACGAGCACAUCCCAGACAGUCCCUUUGUGGUACCUGCCACCUCCACCUCAGAUGAUGCCCGUCGACUCACUGUUUCUAGUCUUCAGGAGUCAGGGUUAAAAGUGAACCAGCCAGCCUCGUUUGCCGUCAGCUUGAACGGGGCCAAAGGUGUGAUUGAUGCCAAGGUGCACAGCCCCUCGGGGGCCCUAGAAGAGUGCCAUGUCACAGAAAUUGACGAAGACAAAUACGCUGUGCGUUUCAUCCCCCGUGAGAAUGGCAUCUACUCUGUUGAUGUCAAGUUCAACGGUAGCCACAUUCCCGGCAGUCCCUUCAAGAUCCGUGUUGGGGAGCUGGGCCAAGCUGGGGACCCAGGGAUGGUGUCUGCCUACGGCCCUGGCUUAGAAGGUGGCAUGACAGGAAGCCCUGCUGAGUUCAUAGUCAACACCACAAAUGCUGGGCCUGGGGCACUGGCCGUCACCAUUGAUGGUCCCUCUAAGGUGAAGAUGGACUGCCAAGAGUGCCCAGAGGGCUACAAGGUCAUCUACACACCCAUGGCACCUGGCAGCUACCUCAUCUCCAUUAAAUAUGGUGGCCCAUACCACAUUGCUGGCAGCCCCUUCAAGGCCAAAAUCACAGGGGCCCGUCUCGUCCCCAGCCACAGCCUCCAUGAGACUUCCUCGGUCUUCAUGGAUGGGGUGGCCAAACAUGAUGGAGCAGCCCCCAAGUUUGCCUCUGAUGCCAGCAAGGUGGUUGCCAAGGGCCUGGGCCUCAACAAGGGCUUUGUGGGGCAGAAGAACUCUUUCACUGUCGAUUGCAGCAAAGCAGGGAACAACAUGCUGCUGGUGGGGGUGCAUGGCCCCAAGACCCCCUGCGAGGAGAUUGUGGUGAAGCACCUGGGCAACCGGCUCUACAACGUCACCUACCUGCUCAAGGACAGAGGGGAUUAUGUGCUGGUGGUGAAGUGGGGAGAGGAGCACAUCCCCGGCAGCCCCUUCCAUGUCUCCGUGCCUUAAUCCUUCCCCCACCCCCCUGAUUAUAACACUGCCCCUCUUGAGCCCUGUUUGUAAUGCCACUACCCCUACUCGCCCACCUGAGACGCUGCCUCUUAAACUUCCUCGGCAGGUUUUGUGCCAGUGUGGGUGGGGAAAGGGAG